GUCAACUGUACAAAAUAUUUGGAACCCCCCGUGCUCUUUCCUGCGGGUUUUAAUCGCUUUGAUUGACUUGAAGUAAAAUAUUUUAUUAUCCUGAUAUUAUAUUAUCAAACGAAUGAUGAAUCAAGAAAUAAAUAAUGUUUAAUUCGAUUUUAAAAUUGUAGCACUGAUGCAAUAGCAUAACCUUAGUUAUUGUUGUGAAAUCAAUCAAUAAGAAUUUGCAACAAAUAUGAUUUAAAUUGCAAUCUGAAUCAUACUAAACUAAUCUGUUGCGUCAUUACAAUCAGUGUAUAUCUUAACUGGAGCACCAACUGCUGAUUUUAUAAUAUCUGCUACAGUUUGUAUAAUUGAAAAUGUCUGAAAUCAGUUCUACUUAUUUAGUUGUUGGCGGAGGAAUUGCCGGUGUAACUUGCGUUGAAACCCUUGCCAUUUUACAUCCUGAGGAAUCACUUACCAUAAUUACAGCUUCUUCUCUAGUGAAAAACGUAAGCAAUGUUAGCUUUUUUGCCAAAACUAUAGUAAAAUUUGAUGUAAAUGAAACAGAGGCUAGUUCCCUGAUGAAAAUUCACCCAAAUUUAAGGAUUGUGUUUGAUUCCCUCAAAAAUGUUGACACUGAAAAACAAAUUGCUUAUACUCAUGCAGGUGAUAAGAUAAGUUACAAAGUGAUGUGUAUUUGCACUGGUGGUAUACCUAGACUAAUCAGAGAUUCACACAAAAGUCAAAGAAUACUUGGAAUAAGAGAUACUGAAUCUGUAAAAGAAUUCCAGGAAAAACUGAAAAUGGGACGGAGGAUGGUUAUAGUUGGUAAUGGUGGUAUUGCAUCAGAAAUAGUACAUGCCACAUCGGGAAUACAGAAAGUUUGGGUAAUCAGAGAUGACUACAUAUCAGCAACAUUUCUUGAUCCUGGAGCAGCUGAGUUUUUCCAAAACACAUUUAGAAAUAAGGAAUCACAGCCUCAAAAAACAGUUUUAAGACGGCAUGUAUUCUCAGAAGAAGAUCAAGUUGUUUCUUUGAAUAAAGAUUUGAAAUCUGCUGCCCUAGGCCCAGAUUGGUAUAGAAAGCUGGAAGGCAUAAAAGAUGACUGUGGUGUUCAGGAACUUGAAAUUGUGUACAAAGUUGAAAUUGAUUCAGUUGAAGAGACAACAGGCAAGGAAUAUCCUCUUGAAGUAGUGCUAUCAAAUGGUAGAACUAUUGAAUGUGAUUUUGUAGUAUCUGCUACAGGUGUUGAACCAGCUGUAAAUUUUGCAUGGGAUAGAGAGCCAGAUAAAGGGCCAGAUGGUGGUUUAGCAGUAAAUGAAUUUCAAGAAACCUCCAUCAAAAAUGUAUAUGCAGCUGGUGAUGUUGCUCACGCAUCAUGGAAUCAUGCACCACAUUGGUUCCAACUGAGGCUGUGGACUCAAGCUAGACAAAUGGCAGGGAUGGCUGCCAAAGCAAUGUAUGGCAAAAUUAUAAAUGAAGAAGUACUACAAGAUUUUUGUUUUGAACUCUUUACCCAUUGCACAACAUUGUUUGGAUAUCAAGUCAUUUUAUUGGGGAAGUAUAAUGCACAAGGUUUAGGAACAGAUUAUGAAAUUUUGUUACGCAUGACACCUAAUAAAGAGUAUAUAAAACUAGUGCUUCAAAAUGGAAAAUUGCAAGGUGCAAUAUUAAUAGGAGAAACAGAUUUAGAAGAGAUGUGUGAGAAUUUGAUUCUAGAUCAGUUAGAUUUGUCACCACUAGCGGACCAACUGUUGGAUCCAGAUAUUGAUAUUGAUGAUUAUUUUGAUUAAGAUUUAUGUACUACAAUAUUUGUUAUAGGUAGGAUAAGUUUGGAUAAGUCAUUGAUAAGGUUUGCUAAUCUGUUAAUACUAUGAUAAGCUAAAGGAACUAGUGAAAAAUAUUUAUAUUGAAAAAUCUACUUUAAAAAAAUAUA